AUGUCACUAUCACGAAAUUCGCAGGAAGAUAUCGGCGAAAAUGAGGAGGAACGCCAUUUCAGCGCUAGCGUUGUUGGCAUAAGAAUGCAGAAAAAGCUGGCGGGUCACGUCCCCAAAAAUAUGUUUAAAUUUUUUCUGGAUGAUACAUCUUCUCGUGUACUUGAUAACAUCUAUAAUCUUGUAAAGCUUUAUACGGUGUCUAAGAUGUCAGCAAAAAAACUGAUGAAAGAUAUUCUCAAGAUUGAUGUCAAGAUCUCUAUACUUCAUUUCAAUAACGUAAUGACUGAGGAGGAAAAAGUUUUAACGGCAGAUUUUCGGGAAUGCUUUCACAACAUUGCAGAAGUCAUAUUGCGCAUGAGAAAUCCACGACGGUCAAGGCUUUCGGGUCCAGAUGCAAGCAUAAGCAAAUUAAUAGAACUCCUUACCGACGCAGAGCGAAUUGCUCUCUUAAUUAUAGAGCACCAUUUGUCUGUCAAAAGCCAAGAAACACUGCAAACUUGUGCCAAAUUCUUCAAAAAUUCGAAUUUUUUUGAGGCUUGUUUUGAAAGAGAGGAAUUCAGACCAAUAAUGAAUGAAAUUUGCGUAGACAUAGAGGAAUUACUUGACCGAGGCCUUUUAUAA